AUGGUGAAUGAUCUCCAGAAUUCAUACCGCGAAGCUGUGACACAAGAACGUGGUGUUGAUGCCUACAACAAAUUUGUGGAGCAUUUCUCUUCCAGCCCCUGCUUUGACUCCCGUCGGGGAACGGUGAACGAAGGAGAGAUCGUGAGGCUAAUGCAACUACGUCUCAAUGCCCAAGAGCGUGCGGCAUUUCCUAACUCGCCAGAGAGUCAGACCGACUUGGGGCACGAAUCCCUUUCCCUAGCUGAACUGGUCAAAGUUUGGGUCGAUGAGUUACAUCGUCCUCGAGAAACUACUUUAGGAGAUAUUAGCGAGUGCCUGCAUAGGAUCGCUGAUGCGACCCCGGAGGAGGAGGACCAGGCUAGGUGGGCCCUCUCUUCUACCGAAAUUCGGCUCUGGUUGACUGCCAGCAAGUUCCAUGUGCUGUGCAUCAGUCCUGAGACAAGCACGGAUAGCGUGUUUUCGCCGAUCUCCUAUACAGUCGCUAUGCUCGCCGAGAGCCUGUUCCGAUCGAAAACAGCCCCGGUGGCUGCGUACUUUUGUGGUUUGCGACGCUGGGAAGAUGGAGCCACUUCUGGCAACGGUGCCUUGAACAUGUUGUCCAGCCUUGCGGGUCAGCUAAUACAGGAGAUUGGGGACAAGGUCCCUGAUUUCAACACUGCUUGUCUCCAGGGGAGAGAUCGCGAUGUUUCGCUUGGAAAGAUCGACGAGCUACUUUCAUUGCUCCGAGACAUCUUCAAUUCGAUGCCCCCUGGCAGUGAUGUAUUUGUGCUCAUCGACUCCUUUUGUCGCCUAGAGAUGAUCGACAAGCCGGGCUCAUCUGCAGCUAUUGGUGGUCUUCUGGAUAUAUGGAGGUCUUGCAAAGCCACCGUCAAGUUGGUCCUAACGGACGUCGUAUUUUACAACAUCCCCGACUCCGUCCAACGCGACAGUGAAAUGCUUUACGUUCCCGAUGAUGUCGAUGGCGGGAGGUAUGGUUUUAAUACUGAGCAAGCGGGAGAAGUGGCUGACCGUCUGGUUAUCGAGACUCAAGGUACUAUUGACUAA